AUAAAAACCAGCUCAUUUCCCUUUUUUAACUCCCAAGAAGAAACACCCUCAAAAUGAUCUAAACCAAGCUCCAUAUUCUCAACUUCUCAAAUUCUCACCUCACUCUCCCAAACCCAAAAAUGCCCACCACCACCACUACCACCACCCUCCUCCUCCUCCUCCUCCUCUUCACCACCACAACCACCACCUCAUCCUCCCCAAUCCUAGGCCUAGACUCCUAUCUAGCCCAACAAUCACGCCAAGACCCACAAGCCACAAACGACACCUUCCUCACCCUCCCAACCUCCCUAAAAAAAUCCCUCUCCUCCCCAUUCCCUCUCCCCUCCAUCCCUUCCCUCACCUCCUCCCUCCUCUCCUUCUCCGUCCCUCUCUCCCUCCACAUCCGCCUCGUCGGCACUUUCCCCCCUAACUCCCCUUCCCUCCUCUCCUCCUUCCUCUCCACCGCCUCCCAACCCCUCCACCACUUCCACGUCAUCUCCCCUUUCAACCCCCCUUUCCAUUCUCUCUCCAUCCAACACACUCCCCACUUCGAUAUCGCCUUCUCCCCUCCUUCCCUCACUUCCACCCUCUCCGAAUCCCUUUCCUCCCAAAUCUCCAAAUCCCCUUCCCCCCUCCGCUCUUCCCUCCUCUCCAUCCCCUUCUCAUCGAUCGAUACCAUCGUCUCUUCCGAUUUCCGCAGCGAAAACGAACACGAAAACCGCGACGGAAUCUUCAUCUACCUCCUAUACCUCGGCCCUCAAUCAAAACCUUACGCUUACACCUACUCCGACUCCCAUUCCUCCGCCGGCUUCACCGAUUGCCUCGGAACGAUCCACGCAUCCAAAAAUCGGUAUUUAUGGAUCGACUUGGCCGCCGGACCUGUCGAUUACGGCCCGGCUUUGUCCGGCGACGGCGUGCUCCCGCGCGGCGAAUUCCACCCCCUCGCCGCCUUCCACAGCCGCCAGAAGUCCCAGAAAUCGCUCCUCGCCGACGUAUCUUCCCUGAUUUGGAGUGCUUAUCAGGUACUCCUCGUUCCUUCUUUGAGAAUUCCUGUUCCUUUUGAGAAUUCGUUGCUGGUUCAGUUCAUACAUGUUCGUAGUGGUAGCGCUAGGGAUUCGAGUUCGGAUGGUUUGGAUUGGAAGAAGAUUGAGAGGACUUUGAGUGAGGAUGGUGGAUUGUUGUUACGUGAUCAAACCUUGAGGUUUAAGAAUUAUGAGGUGAGUUUCGAUAAGUGUCCGAUUUGCUCGUUCGCAGUUUCUAGGUCGAUUAACUCAUACACCUCGAGGUUUCUUUUCGAUAAUUAUACGUUGAUUGUGAAUGAGUAUUUGGAUUCAAAGCGUUUGCAUCAGAUAUUGUUGGAGUCGGGUCAGGUGUUUAGGAGUGAGGCUGAAAUGCCAGUGGAUAACGAUUUCGGUAGGGUUCUUCCGGUUUAUGUGUUUGAUUUGGAUUACAAUAAUCAUUUGUUGCUCGAUCGGUAUCACCAGUCUGUUGCUUUUAAAGACAUGGUUAUCGCGGUGAGGACUAGGAACACGCAGACUGUGAGUGAUUAUACUUGUAAUGGUCGUCACAUGUUUACUCAGACGAGUAGUCUUGAGAGGCCGCUUGUUGGUUCGAUUCUGCAGAGCAUGUGGGGGGUUUCGCCUACCCAUUUGUUGUGGAGCCCUAGACAUAAUAGUACUUUGGUGGAUUAUACAUGGAGCGUAGGGCAGACCCCAUUUGGGCCGUUCUCGGAGAGUUUGUCAUUGUCUUUUGUGCAGAAGGAUGCAGCUAAGAGGAGUGUUCUUUUGACGAUGAUGAAUUACAGUAUAACGAGUGCCAUUGAUUUUCUUGAAUCCAUUGCCGAACAUGGUGGUGAUAGGAAGCUACUUAAACAGAAUCAACAUCUUGUGUUCGAACAAAGGUGGACUUUGUUCAAGUACAAGCUUGACAAAGCAGUUUCUGCUUUGUCACAUUUGGAUUUUGAGAUGGCUUUGUACUAUUUGAAGUCUUCUGAUCAUGAUCUGUAUGCCAUCCACUCUCUUGUCUAUACUGCUUCUGAUGAACUGGAGGCAUCACUGGUAUGCUUUAAGGACCCACCAUUCCCAUGGACUUUGGUUUCUUUCUCUGCAGGAGGUUUGCUAGCUCUCUUUUAUGUUUAUUCAAAAAGAGACAAACUGUUCAGAAGUAAAAGAAAGCAGUUUUGAUGCUCUUCAGAUGAACCUCAAGUUUGUAUCAUUUGAAUGCAAUACUACACAUGUAUGUUGAAAGAGAGGUUAGUCAGAGGUCAGAAACUAGUAACUUAUCAAAAAGAGGUCAGAAACUAGUAUUCAGUUCACAGAAAACAUUUUGUACUGCAGUUUGAGCUUGCACUUUACCAUGUUCUUAUACUGUUCUCUUAGUUCUUAAUACUUUUCAGUUACAUGCUUUAAUUUCAUGACU